AUGGUUCGCAAAACAUCCUCCGGGUUCUUCACAUCCAUCCACGAAGACCUGCCUCUUCAUGUAUCUCGGGGCUACGAUCGCAUGGUCCAGCACACGGCAUACGCCCCGACUCCACGAGAUCCCAUCCCUCAGAAGACAUUCUCGCCAGAGAAAUAUACACAACCAUAUCUUGAUUUCAUGACGAACAACCCUACCAUCUUUCAUGCUGUCGCCGCGUUCACUGCGCAGUUGGAGAAGGCCGGGUAUGAAUACCUGUCUGAGAGGACGCAGUGGAAGAUUCAGCCGGGAGGGAAAUACUACACCAAGCGCAACGGCAGUGCGUUCAUUGCGUUUGCCGUAGGAAAAGACUACAAACCAGGGAACGGUGUUGGGAUAGUCGCUGGCCAUAUCGAUGCUCUCACGGCGAAGCUGAAGCCUGUCCCAAAACUAGCCACUAAAGCUGGGUACAUCCAAUUGGGGGUAGCUCCCUAUGCUGGAGGGUUGAAUUCAACCUGGUGGGACCGAGACCUAGGCAUUGGCGGCAGGGUACUUGUGAAAACCAAGGACGGCAAGAUAGAGGAACGACUGGUGAAGCUGGAUUGGCCCAUUGCGAGGAUCCCCACGCUUGCACCGCAUUUCGGCGCUGCUGCUCAAGGGCCAUUUAACCUGGAGACAAACAUGGUGCCCAUCAUCGGACUCGACAACUCAGACAUCACCGGACAAAAGCAAAGUACCUUAAAUCUGCCAGCGGGCACCUUCGUGUCAACCCAGCCGGAGAGACUGGUACGAGCAAUCGCUGGUCAGUUGGGGGUGGAAGACUACACAUCCAUCGUCAACUGGGAACUUGAGCUCUUCGAUAUCCAGCCCGCGCAGGUCGGUGGGCUUGACAAGGAAUUCAUCUUUGCUGGCAGGAUCGACGACAAGUUGUGCUGCUUUGCGGCGAUCGAAGCACUGCUGGCCUCGUCCGAUGAUGCGUCCCCGGGCAUCAUCAAGAUGGUGGGAUGUUUCGAUGACGAAGAGAUCGGAAGUUACCUUCGGCAAGGUGCUCGAAGCAACUUCAUGUCUAGCGUGAUCGAGAGGAUAUGCGAGGCUUCGUCCGACCAUUGUGGCCCGAACCUGAUCAGUCAGACCCUGGCAAAUUCGUUCCUGGUAUCAUCCGAUGUCAUUCACGCCGUCAACCCGAACUUCCUGGGAGCAUAUCUUGAGAAUCAUUCCCCCCGACUCAAUGUGGGCGUGACAGUAUCCGCGGAUAGCAACGGACAUAUGACCACGGAUUCAGUGUCCACGGCGCUGCUGUCUCGAGUCGCGGAGAAGUGUGGUAGCACCCUGCAGGUAUUCCAGAUACGAAAUGACAGCCGCAGUGGUGGAACCAUUGGACCGAUGACAAGUUCCAAACUGGGUUGCCGUGCCAUCGACUGUGGCAUUCCUCAAUUGAGCAUGCACUCUAUCCGAGCCACGACCGGAUCACUCGAUCCUGGCCUCGGUGUGAAACUGUACAAGGGCUUUUUCGACUACUUCGAACAGGUGGACACGGAGUUUCAGUAG